UAACAUUUGAUUCUCAUUCUUCACCAGAAUUUUUCUCUCUUUCCUCUCAAUCUCAUCCAUUCAAAUGAAUAAAUAUACAUUGAUCCAGAAAUAUUCUCAACAAUUAUGAACAAUUAACUAAUCAGAUAAACGAAAGUCUAAAAUAAUAUUAAUCAUAAAUCCCUUUCAUCCAAAGUAAACCAAAAUUCAAUCUAAGUAUCAACUCCAUUCCUUGAAUAUUAUUCACUCUAAAUGUUUCUAUAUGUUACCAAUUGACGUCUUAAUUGUUACUCUAAAUACUAAUUAAUUGCUAAGUGAUACAAUUAAAUGGAUUAUUUUAAAUGGUUUUGUACAAAUCAAUUCAUUUUACUAUUUGUACGAAAUUUUCUGGUCGUUUGUCUCCAAGGUCCUAAUGUUUGUCCAAAGACCAAAGAAAUUAACCAACCUGUUAACAUAUCAAGUACAAUUGAAAUCGAUCAACAAUCUUACACUUGGUGUUUACAAUUUCCUCCAAUUUGUCUCGAAAAUCGCACUUCAUAUCAAGAAGUUACCAAAACUGUUUGGGAAACCAAAAAGAUAACCAUUGAUAUUUGUUGUGAUGGAUUCCAGGAGAUUGGUGAUUAUUGUUAUCCUGCUGAAUCAAAUGAAUUUAUCCUUCCAUAUGAACCAGUCUCCUAUGAUCGAGAUUAUUUACUUGACCAACGGCGAGUCCAUCGAUCAAAAAGGUCAACAUCAACAUUCAAGGACAAUCCUGGAUCGAUGGAUAGUUUUUUUAACAAUUUUUGGAACCAAGCACAUAACCAACCCAAAGAGAAUUUUAUUUUAAUAAAUUUUACUGCUUAUAAUCGUCUAUUUGACCUUAAAUUAACUUUGGACAACAGCCUUUUCUCAUCUGAGACAAUAUUUGAAUCAACAAGAAGAGGAAAAUUUCAUUAUGACACCACAAAUGCCUUAACAGGAGCUCUCAGUGAUGAAAAUGAUUCUCACGUUGAAGGAGUUCUCACUAGUGAUGGACUAUUCGAUGGACUGAUUCGUUCUAAACUAGAAGAAUUUUACAUUGAACCUUCUUCUCGUUACACUAAUUUAAAUUCAACUUCUUUCCACACUAUAAUCUACCGAGUCUCCGAUGCUCUACUAUUAACAUUGAACAUUUCUAAAUGUAACAAUUCAAUUGAAAAUUUAGCCCCUUUAUCUUCAUCAAUUCUGUUUGGAAAUUAUUGUCUAUCUUCAAUCGUUAAAACGGUUACUCUGGAUGUUGUUAAUGGUACUCAAGUAAAUGAUUCUUUAAAUGUAACCAGCUUACCAAAUGAAACAACGAAUCAAAUCUCUGGUAACAAUCAUAAUCGAGAGAAGCGUGACAAUGAAAAUACUCAUCAACAAUCAUCAAUUGUUUCGCCAUCAUCUUCAUCUUCAUCGUCAACAUCAACUUUAAAGCUCAAGCAAACCUAUUGGCGUGAUUUUGAUUCACUCAAUUAUGAGGGAGACUCAGAGGCUUAUGGAAUACGAGCCGUUCAAAGAGCUCAUUGGCCUGAAGAGCGACAUGAAAGGCACUUUGUAAUUGAUCCAAAAAAGACAACCUGUAUGCUUUACCUGCAAGCCGAUCAUUUAUUUUACGAGAAAAUGGGAAGUGAAGAGGCUUGUAUUGAAACGAUGACACGCCAUGUACAAAAGGUUAACAAUAUCUAUCGAUCAACAGACUUUAAUCAAGAUGGUCGAUCGGAUAAUAUUUCAUUUCUAAUCAAACGGAUUAAAGUUCACACAACGGAAGCUCUCAAAGAUCCUGUAUAUCGAUACAAAGGGUCUUAUGGAGUGGAAAAAUAUUUAGAACUAUUUUCAGAGGAAGAUUAUGACGCUUUCUGUUUAGCUUAUAUGUUCACGUACAGAGAUUUUGAAGGUGGAACAUUAGGUCUUGCUUGGACUGGCGAUUUAAAAAACGCUGGUGGAGUUUGUGAAAAGAAUGGGCAUUAUCGUGGUAGCUUGAAAAGUCUCAAUACUGGAAUAGUUACUCUUCUUAAUUAUGGUAAACACGUUCCGCCCAUAGUUAGUCAUGUUACAUUGGCUCAUGAGAUUGGUCAUAAUUUUGGAUCACCGCAUGACCCCGAAAAUGAGGGAAGUUGUGCUCCAGGAGGAGAAGACGGAAAUUACAUAAUGUUUGCUCGUGCGACCUCCGGUGAUAAGCGCAACAACAAUCACUUUUCACUUUGUAGCCUAAAAAGUAUCAACGCUGUUCUCAAUACCAAAGCAAGAAGUUCAAAGGGCUGUUUUCAAGAACCUCAAGAAUCUAUCUGUGGUAAUGAGGUCGUUGAACCAGGGGAGGAAUGCGAUUGUGGUUGGGCUGAAGACUGUACGGAAAGUUGUUGUUUUCCAAUGCAAUCGAAUCCACCCAAAAAUGAGAUUCCCUGUCGCCUUAGACCCAAUGUUAUCUGCAGUCCAAGCCAAGGUCCAUGUUGUGCCCAUGAUUGUCGCCUUACCGUUGGAAAUAAAUGCCGAGAUGAUAAUGGCUGCCGAACUGCAAGCUAUUGCAAUGGUCAAGGUCCUGGUUGUCCACCAUCUACAUUCGUCCCCAACAAAACAGUUUGUAAUCAAGAAUCAGUCUGUUUCAUGGGAGAAUGCACUGGAUCUAUUUGUAUCGCCUAUGGAUUGGAAUCAUGUCAAUGUAAAAAGAAAUUCGAUGAGCCCGAUACCAAAUUAUGUGAACUUUGCUGUCGAUUCCCUGGCGAUGAUUCAACUUGCAAAUCAUCAUUCGAGUGGAACACUGCCCCUUUAGAUGUGCCUGAUCUUUAUUCCAAACCAGGAACACCAUGUAACAACUAUAACGGAUAUUGUGACAUAUUCCAACAAUGUCGAGAAGUCGAUCCUUCCGGUCCUUUGGCCACUUUGAGACGUUUUCUAUUAUCAAAUGAAUCGAUGGCCUCAAUUAAACGCUGGUUGAACGAGCAAUGGAUCUGUGUAAUUAUCUUAUGUGUUAUGGCUCUUUUAAUUGUUUUUCUCUUGGUGAAAGUAUUUGAGAAACGUAAUUACGAGAUACCUAAAAGUGAACUAUUUGAAUCUAAUUGUUUGGAUGUAACAUCUUCAUCCUCAUCAACCGCCUCAGUUUUUGCUCGUCAUCGGCACAAUUCAUCUUCAUCAACAUCGUCUUCCAGACCAGCAAUGGUUCGUAACCAUGGUAAUCUUGUACGAACAAGUUUAGCCUUUGGCCAUCAAUUAAAUUAUCAUCAACAUGAUAAUCACGAAUUCCACUGUCAUCCACUUGGAUUAACAGGCAAUGGAUGGGUUUAAAUCACUAUUCUGUUGAUGAUCCAAAUUUACAGAAUCAAAAAAAAACAACAAAAAUGUUUAAUCAUUUCAGUUAAUUAAAAAUAAACGAAAAUAAUAUUUAUCAAUCAA